GAGCGCCAGAGAGGAGAGGAGAGGAGAGGAGAGGAGAGGGAGAAGGAGAAGAGGCAGCCGCUCACCGCGCACUCAGCGGCGUCGGAGAUGGGGAUCUUCUGGAGCAAGGCGGAGCCGCCGCCGCCGAUGGUGCUCGUGCCGCCGCUCUUCGACUACCCACCCAUCGCCGCCCGCACCAGGAUGUCAGUGCCAGCAUAUGAGCUAAUGUUUGGGAAGCUCUCGCUGCAGAAUCUGUUUGAGGACUACUUUGAUCAUGCAGGGAAUAUGACCUCAAGGAUCAUGUUGAAGCCACUGGAGGAUCCUCAUGUUGAUUUGAUUGCCACUGUGUCUGCAGCUUCUGAUAAAAUAUGUGGGACAAAAGUAAAGGGAUAUGCUCUAUUUCGCUGGCAGAAAGAUUUAGAUGACCCCCAUACUUUUGUGGACCUUCUCGUGUCAACUUCAAACCCAAUGUUGCAGGUUAGGUCAUGUGCUUACUAUCCUAAAUAUCGUGUUGGUGCAUUUGGGGCGCUCCCUUUACUAAUGGGAAGCAGGUUGCAUUCCGAGGAUUAUGGUGUCAUGGGUAUAAGAUAUGGUUCAGAGAACCUAUCGUUUGGGGCUUCCUUUGUGCCAUUUCCUGGAUCUGCUGAACUACCCUAUGGAGCAUGGUUGGUGGGGAGAAAGGGGAGCUUAAGUGCUGGAGUGCAGUACAAACCACUUAGUGGAAACAAACAUCUUAUGCCAUAUACAGACUUGAAGAACUGGAAUUAUGCAAUCAGUUAUGGUGUGGAAUCAACAAGCCCGCUCAGCCCUUCAUUCAUUUUCUCUCUAGAACUUGCCAGAAGUACGGAGUUUAUCGCAUCAUUCUAUCAGCACCUGGUUGUUCAAAGAAGGGUUAAGAACCCUUUUGAAGAUGAUCAGAUUGUUGGAAUCACAAACUACAUCGAUUUUGGGCUUGAAUUGGCUACAAGGAUUGACAAAGACCAACCAUCAGAGAGUUCCAACAAUUCCUUGUUUCAGUUUGCUGCAAGCUGGCAAGCUAACAAGAACUUCCUAUUCAAGGGGAAGCUAGGUCCUUCCAAGUCUUCUGUAGCAUUGGCAUUCAAGUCAUGGUGGAGACCAUCCUUUACAUUUAGUGUCACAGCUGUGAAUGAUCAUUUGAUGGGGACAAGAUCAUAUGGAUUUGGAAUUCGUGUUGAGGAUCUUAGACAACCAAGUUACCAAAGGGCUGAUCCGAACUAUGUAAUGCUGACACCAACCAAGGAACACUUGGCACCAGGUGUUUUGCGAGAGUUUGGGAAGCGGCCCAUGUUCCAGGCAGACAUUGAUUCCGGCAACUAUGAUCAUUUACCGACAGAGUUGAAACCGAUUAGCAAGAUAUUUUAACUGGAAACUUUUGGUUCAACCUUUGGUCCAAAGAACUUAAAACUCUGCAAGACAGUUGGUCCUUUACGAUAUAGACGUUUUAUUGUGAAGAUGUCUAGGUUGAAUUUUAGUGAUAUGUCACUUUGGAAAUGUAUCCAUCAACACCGUAGAUUAUAGAAGAAUAUGGACUAUCAAGUUGAAGUUAUUAUUGAGCAUGUUGAAUUAAUUAAUAGAUCAUAUGGUUCGCUCGUGAUAUCCUUCAGUGCGUCA